AUGCUGAGUCGGGCACGAUCGCGCUGGGGCGCGGAUAGGAUGUUUUCCGGUGUAAUCGGCGCGUUUUUGGUGUUGUCAUGGGUCAAGGUGUGCAGUGGACAACUCGGUGACCACCAGAAAAUCUACCUCGAGGUAAACAACACAAGAGGCGCCUUGUGUAAAAGCCCUCGCUUGGAUAUAGUAUUCAUAAUAGACGAAUCAAGAAGUAUAUGGGAGCCAGACUUUAAAAAGCAAUUGCAAUUCCUCUCCCGAGUGACGGAGGACUUAACAAUCGGACCAGACGACAUACAAAUUGGAGCUUUAACAUUUGCCACUUACACAACUGACCAUUUCUAUCUCAACACAUAUAAGACACAGAAAGAUGUACGGAGGGCAUUAUCAUACAUCCGGCAGUUAAACACUGGGAGAACGAAUACGCAUUUAGCAAUUCAAAGGGUGCGUGAAAAAUAUUUCUUGCCGGAGAAAGGAGCUCGAAAGAAUGUCCCAAAGGUUGCUAUAGUGAUAACGGAUGGCGAAUCGCGCGAGCCAAAGGAUACAGCUCGUGAAGCUGCGCAGGCUAGAACAGAGGGGAUUCUUAUGAUUGCUAUAGGCGUUGGUAGGAAGUUUUCUAUAAAAGAACUCAAUGCUAUUGCCAGUAACAGACCUGGGAUAAUGGGAAAGUUUGUUUUCACUGUAGAAGAAUAUGGAGCUCUGGACGAAGUUCGGUUUGAAAUUGCAAAAGUAAUGUGUUCCGGACAAGAAAGCCAGGCGCUGUCAGACGUGGCGUCCACGUGGGGCGCGUGGAGUCAGUGGACAGAAUGCAGCAAGACCUGUGGUGGAGGGUCACGGGGGCGGUCAAGGCUCUGUGAAGGGAUAACUGAGAGAUGUGAAGGGACGGCAGAAGACGUGGAGCCAUGCAACCCAACACCGUGCGCGGAGUGGACGACAUGGUCACCAUGGUCACCUUGCCCUGUCACGUGCGGUCAAGGUCAGGCGGUCAGACGCAGGAAAUGCCAAAAUGGUGCCCCUGGUGUGGAUUGUGUAGGACUAGAAAUUGAGGGGAAGACAUGUUUUACUAUAAAUUGCCGUAAACCUGGCGACCCAUGUCAAACCCAAAAGAUCGAUUUGGUGUUUGUGGUUGACGAAUCUACAAGCAUCUGGCAACCGAAUUUUAUGAAGCAACUUAAAUUCCUUUCUCGUAUAACUGAAGAUUUCGAAAUAGGACAAAAUGCCACGCAGAUUGGUGUUCUAACAUUUGCAACCAAUGCCAGGGAUCAAUUUUACCUCAAUAAAUACCGAACAGGAAAAGAAGUAAGGGAAGCAAUUAAAAAGAUUGUCCAACCAGACACGUUUUCUACAAACACGCAUAAGGCUAUCAAUCUUAUGCGCAUGGACUAUUUCCUGUCAAAAAACGGUGAUCGGCCGGAUGUUCCUAACGUUGCUGUAGUAAUAACAGACGGCAAGUCUCGGAACCAAUUAGCUACGAAGAAAGAGGCGGCCGAGGCCAAGAAUCAAGGUAUCACGAUGGUGGCUGUUGGAAUCGGCAAGCAAUACUCUCUGAACGAGCUCCGUAACAUUGCCAGUGACCACGCAGAGAUGCCGGGGGAGAAGAUGGUGUUCACGGUGGAGAACUAUGACACACUGGCUGACUUGAAGGAACAAAUAUCCAGGAUAGUAUGCCCAGACAAACCCAUCUCACAGCCUGGAUGGGGCAAAUGGACCAUGUGUAGUAAGACGUGCGACGGGGGUAUAAGGACCCGCCGUUGUGACGGCGCAGUGGAGCAGUGUAGAGGCAGAGCCCAGGAAAUACAGCCGUGCAACACAAACCCAUGCCGAUUUACUAGCACGUGGUUGAAAAAGCCGGAGCUCUUGUUCAAGCAGAGUAAAAAUACGAUAUGUUUUAACAUUCAGCCAAUUGGGCGCCUUGGUAUCCAUGGGGCACGUGUUCCGCCACGUGCGGGGUAG